CUUCCGGCGCUGGCAGGCGGAAGUGGCUGGAACCUGGUGGUGAUGGUGUUGUUGCUGAGGCGGCUCUGGAGCCAAGGAGGAAUUGAAAAGAGACGAGGAUGGCACUCUGUACCCACCUCCCGGAUACAAGAUUAGCUGUCUGGGAUCUGGCGGAACUUUAGGAGAUGGGACGCCAGGGCUUUGGUUUGUCCCUGAAACUGGUGAUGUGCCAACCUGUGCCUGGGGAGUGAGAGCUCACCAGGAGACGCGGAUGAGCAGAGAGUCGCUGGAAGGUAACAGCGAUGAGGCGACGCAACCUGUGGGCUACCUCCAGCAGCGCUGAUCGGGAGCGGUGAAAACCAGACUCUUGUGUACAUUGCAGCCCUCCCCAGUGACCCGAGGGGCUGUAAUGGCUUGAUUCCCUGGGAGUCUUGAAAGACAUUUGAGAAGAGACGGGGAGUUAUCUUAAGGCUUGGAGAGACUAGUACAGAACUUGCCCACUCCUUUCAGUGGAGGAAGCUUGGGGUGUGGUUAUUAGCUUUGAACCGGGAUAGGGAGAGCUGUGUGGCCCAUUCAGGAGGUGGAGAGGCCCUUUCCUGCUGUUCCUCCUGCAUUGAGUCCUCGAGUGAGGUCCUGAAAGGGGGAGGGGGGAGCCCAGGUACCCCCCCUCCCCCAGGGGAGAACCAGAGGCCAGGAGUCCACCAGCAACACUGAGCUAACACCAAUCAGCCUACAUGGGAGAGCCACGUUUCCUGGUACUGCUGAGGGGAGUGAAACCAGCCGAGCCAGCAAGAACUGUGCUGAAACUGCUGUGCGUUAAAACUUCAACAGGAUACGGCUCGGUAUGGUGCUGUCCCCUCUGCUCUGUACCAUUGCCCAGAGCGGAUCUGUCUGCUGUUUCUCCCCCCCAUCCCGCUUCCUCCUGCGGCUGGAAAUCAGAUACUGGCAGAGAGAGAGAGAAGCGAUUAGAGAGGAGAGUUCGUAAUGCUGGACUUGGGUCGCUUGCCUUGUUGAACGGUGACUGGUACGGAGAGAGGCAAGAGGUGGACAGAGCCAGAGUCUAUAACCCCACGGAUGUGUGCACAGACAGAGGGGAGACUGUCUCCUGAGCUGGAGCCUUGAAGCCAGGUUUGACAUUCAGCUGAGGACCGAGAGGGGGUGAGUGUGAAAUCGACACAGCAUCUGGAACCCAGAAACUCGCCUGCCUUGUUAUCUGGAGAGACAAGGAGUGUGGGGGGAAGCAGCACCCCUCUCCGAGAGCUUGUGGUGAUGGCAAGAUAACGGCUACUCCGGUAGGGGGGGAACUUUUUAUGGGUGAAACUUUUGCCCUUUCCAGGGAAGGGGAACAAAGAAACUUUUUAGAGACGGAUCUAAAGCACUCAUGACCUUCUAUAAGCUGAUCAGGUCCAUGGCUGUGGAGUGACACCUGAGGGAUCGAGAGCACAAGUGAGCCGAGGGGGGGCCUCUGCCUGUGAAGGAUGCUGAAGAAGAGCAGCCUGGUCCUCUGGGGCGUGGUGCUGUUUGUGGCCUGGAAUGCCCUGCUCCUUUUCUUCCUGUGGACCCGGCCCCCAGCCUUCGACAACCACAGCCACUUGACCGAGGAGGUCAUCCGGCUGGCCCAGGACGCGGAGCUAGAGCUGGAGCACCAGAAGGACCUGCUGCGGCAGAUCCACCGGUACAGUGCCCUCUGGAGCAAGAAGAGGAAGAAGGUGGAAGAGACGGGUCGGCUCCCACUGCCCGCUGCCACCUCCAAUGCUGGGGCUUUGCCUGCCACGGAGGUUGUCCUGCACCGGUCCCGGGCCUCCCCGGAUGCAGUCCUGCCCGUGGUGGUGAUCGCCUGCGACCGCAGCACGGUGCGUCGGUGCCUCGACAAGCUGCUGCACUACCGGCCAUCCCGGGAGCGCUUCCCCAUCAUCGUGAGCCAGGACUGCGGGCAUGAGGAGACAGCCCGGGUCAUCGCCUCCUAUGGUGACGCCGUCAUGCACAUCAAGCAGCCGGACCUGAGCGACAUCCCAGUACCCACAGACCACCGCAAGUUCCAGGGCUACUACAAGAUUGCCCGACACUACCGCUGGGCCCUGAGCCAGGUUUUCCGCACCUUCAAGUACCAGGCGGCCAUUGUGGUAGAGGAUGACCUGGAAGUGGCUGCAGAUUUCUUUGAGUACUUCCAGGCGGCCUUCCCGCUCCUGCUAGCCGACCCCAGCCUCUGGUGCGUCUCAGCCUGGAACGACAAUGGCAAGGAGCAGAUGGUGGAGGCCAGCCGGCCGGAGCUGCUCUACCGUACAGACUUCUUCCCCGGCCUGGGUUGGCUGCUGCUGUCAGAGCUGUGGGAUGAGUUGGAGCCCAAGUGGCCCAGGGCCUUCUGGGAUGACUGGAUGAGACAGCCGGAGCAGCGGCGCGGCCGCUCCUGCAUUAGGCCCGAGGUCUCCCGCACCAUGACCUUCGGCCGCAAGGGUGUGAGCCAUGGGCAGUUCUUCGACCAGUACCUGAAGUUCAUCAAGCUCAACGACCGCUUCGUGCCUUUCACCCAGCUGGACCUCUCCUACCUCAAGAAGGAGGAGUAUGAGCGUUCGUUCCUGCCCAAGGUCUACGACGCCCCGGAGCUACGGGUGGAGGAGCUGCAGGGCAACCAGCAUCGGGAACUGGGCACCGUCCGCGUGCAGUACAGCAGCCGUGACUCCUUCAAGGCCUUUGCCAAGGCCCUGGGUGUUAUGGAUGAUCUCAAGUCGGGGGUGCCCCGGGCCGGCUACCGUGGCAUCGUCAGCUUUCUCUACCGCGGCCGGCGGGUCUACCUGGCGCCCCCUUCUGACUGGACGGGCUAUGACCCCAGUUGGAGUUAGCACUGUCUCUCUCCGGACAUUGACCCUUGAGCAUGUUGGACCCGUAAAGAUCAUGGAGCGGGUGGGUGGGCUGUGUGUGUGGGACGGGGACUCAGACCUUGUAUUUUUGUUUUCUGAGUGGCAUUCGAGUGCAUUCCGGGGCAAGGCUGUGUGUGUGUGUGCGUGUGUGCGUGCGUGUGUGUGCACUUAAUACGGGGGGGGCAGGAUUAUUGUGUUGCCCAGAUGUGGGGGGCAGGGAACUGGGAUAGGGCAGGCUGAGGCUUUCCCCAUUGCCCUCCCCCUCCGCCCCCCCAGUGCCUAUCCCCUUUCUGACAUUGUGAUCUCCCUCUACCAUGUCCCUGGUGGUUUCUCCAUGGUGCGUGGGUGGGGUCAGAGCCAGUGCUGAACCGAACUGACUGACCAGUGGCUACUUCCCCAACCUCUGUGAGUUGCGGGGGAAGAACGGAGAGAGGGCAGUGACCACCUCAAUCCGGAAGGGCCUUAUGGUGAUGCCAGGACCUGCUUAGUACCUUUGGCAGUUUCCACCUCGCCAUCCUUAGUUGGGGGCAGUGUGGGAGUGGGCAGGGGUUGCUUCUGGCUAUAGCUGGGAGGGAGCAUUGGAAAUGACGGGGCGCUCUUGAUGGUCCUCAAGCCCAUCAUUAGCUGUAGGGGAGUUGUGCAAUGGCAAAGAUCUUUAUGUCCAUGAUGACCUCUUUGGUGUCUCCAUCGGACCUUCUUUAGCAUGGCUGGAGCAUCAGAACCUUCUCACCUUUUGACCUAUGCAGUGGUCCCCAAGCAGCCCUCUGGGUCAGGGGUGUGUAAGGAGUUGUCCUGGCUUCUCUCUGUCCAGCAACAUUGCGUCCCCUUAGUGUUCCUCUGCUUGCAGAGGGUGUUCCGCCACGGUGGUCUCUUCACUUUGUCCUUCAUUGCUGUUUUUCUACGCUGAGCGCGGAGGAAGCUUGUUACGGAGCCGGGGCUCUGCAAUCUGGCUCGUGUCACUCUCCCUGACAAGGAAGGGAGAGACCCGAGCUUGUGGCCUGCCUUAAUCCUCAGCGGGGGCCUCCAUCCUUUCCCGGGUUGAAGUUCGGUUCAAAGUUGGCUCAGGCCCUGCCCGCUGGUGGCUGAUUCUCCUACUGCCAUGGUUGAGAGGACCAUUGAUGUAGCAAUGGAGAGAUGUCACCAUGGAGGAGAACCCCAGAAGUGCUGGGACACAAGAAAAGGGGGUCUCUAACAACAAGCCCUGCCUUAUCUAUGGGGGUAGAACCCCCUCUCCAGUCUCUUAGAGGUGCUGCUGAGCUGGUCAAGAGCCAGUUUGGGGAGGGAGAGUUACAGUUCAGACCUCAUUUGGCCAAAACAUAGACCACACCAAAGGGUAACUUUUCCCCCCUCUGUAUUAUUUUGCUGUAUUGUCCUGUUUUUGUUUUAAAUCCCCUUGUAUCUUCCCCACUUCGGGACGUGAGCCAGGGGAGGAGGGAGACCAAACUGCCCAUUGGCAUUCUACAUCACCCGUGAAAUUGCUUGGUGCCCUAGUGCAAGUUUGACAAAGGAUGGGUGGGCGCAGAAGCUUCCCUGCCAUCCAGUCACUGUUGGUGAAGUCAGGUAGAGAGGAGCUCCCAUGUCAACAGCCAAGGAGGAGAUGGUCUUUCCAAGAGAGUAUUAAAGGGUCUGAAAAUGUACUGUCUCCAAAGUGCCCCUUCCGUCCCAGCUCCGCUCAGCAAUAUCCAGAGCGCCUGAGGCUUCCUCAGAGUCGGGGUGCUUCAGUGUGUAUGUAACUUUCCUCCCCUCCUUGGGCCAGGAUCGGGGGAGUCUAUCUGAAGGAAGAAUCUCUGGGAGAGGGAGGUCCAUUUGUAGGUAGGAUCUUCAAUGGGAUCCAGCCAGCUCUUCGGGGAGCCAUCCAGGUUGGGUUGGACCCCUGCCAUUCUCCUGGGUGGUCUCUUCCCUCACGCCUGGCCUGCGGCAAUUCAAGUGAGCCCAACCCCAUUCCAUUUGCUCUGGGCUGUGCCACCCUCACCACACGUGGUUCUGAGGUAGGACUUGCUGCCCUGUGCUGCCAAGAGGCCUUGGACUCUGGCUGACUUCAAGAUGAGGAAGAUGGUCCAGCGAAAGGAAGCUCCCGACUAUGUUGUGGCCGAUGGAGCUCCCCUCGCAAACCCUCCCUGCUCCUGGCCGAAGCAGUUUGAGGUUCUGGUGAAGGGAGUAUCCCCUCUGUGGGUUUGCAAGAGAGGAGUAGAUACACCAGCUGUGGUGCUCUUACUCUCUUGGAGAAGAUCCCAUCCCCUCUCCCCUACCCCCACACACUGAGGGUUCCUGGGAAGCCAGCUGCUCUGUUCAGCCUCGGACAGAGCUGGGUCUGCACCAGGGUCGCCCAGAGGAUUCCGGGGGCCUGGGGUCUUUGGCGGUAAUUCAGUGGCGGGGGCCCCCCGCCGUGGGUC